AUGCCUGCCGCUUGUUCAUCAGAUGGCCAUCUGAUGAACGUUUUGGAGCGUCCACAAGCGUGUGGAUGUACUACGAGUGAGUGCAAUGGCCUCACUUGUGGUACGGUCGUUAGUACGACUGCACAAAACCUUAGUGUACCAAACGGUUACACUUCGGAGCAAAGUUCCGGUGGCUGUGAGGAAACACAGGCUGCGCCGAAGGUCCACCACUCGAAUAAGUCGGGUGGACUGGGACAAAGAUGUAUCCCUAGCGGGGAACAUCUAGAAGAGAAACAAUCGAUCGCUCAGGUUAAGCGAAACGAUAAUCCUAGAUCGACUGGAGAGUCUUUCGUAGAGGAUCUCGCUGUGGUUGCGCAACCCCAGCUAGAGGAAGUAAAGGGAAUAAGUCCCAAGAUUACAAAUACGGCGGAAAAAAGUUCCCCGAAACCCGCGGGAAUAAGUCCCCGGGAAGACGAAGGAAUAAGUCCUUCGAAGCCUGAGGGAAUAAGUCCCCAGGAAAUGACAGAGACAUUGAAUGUCAUAGUCAAUAACGGAUCAAGUGGAGGCGCUUAUACACUUGAUCUGAUUGCGCCUCCGAAGUUGACUUCGGAGAUCACUCAGUUGCCAACGCUCGAACAUAAAAGGUUCUUGCGUGAUCUGCGUAGUGGAAAAGUCAAGCAGAUCUGCAUACUCGUCGCUGACGACGAGUGUGUAACCGACAUAAGGUCAGCAACAGUGUUCACUGAGAACGAUAGAGUUCUCAGUAGUUCAUCUAUGGACGAGAGUGUCCUAGAUGAAAAGACACGAAUUGAGCGAUAUGACUCCCAAUCAUGGGAAUCGCUCAAGAAAAAUCCUCUCUAUGAAGAUUUGGUUGAAUUCAAGGAUGUAUUCCCUGAAACUGUUCCGUGCGAAUUACCGAAGGAUAAAGGUAUUCGACACGAGGUCGAGCUUAAACCAGGCUCGAAGUACUGUGUCAUGAAGCAGUGGCCACUGCCUCGUGAACAAGUACUUGCGAUCGACAAGUUCUUUGCCGAUCGUUUAGCUGCGGGCCAUGUGAGGGAAUCAACUUCCCCACAUAGCUCUCCGACCUUCUGUGUGCGAAAAGCAGCAGGAGGGUGGCGGAUAGUGCACGCGUUCAACAAGUUGAAUGCUGCAACGGUACCGGCUCAGACGCCGAUACCGAGGAAGGACGUAAUCAUUGAUGGUAUGUCAAAGAGUACCAUCUUUUCGUCCAUGGAUUUGAUGGAUGGCUUCUAUCAAAUCCUUUUGCGGGAACGGGAUAUACCCUAUACCGCAGUUAGCACGCCUAGCGGCAUGCUCUGGUAA